UUAUGAGCCAGCAUGCCCUGUUGUUUCUACUUCUGCCAGCCACUUGCAUCAAAUAAAACAGGAAGAAGGCAUGGAUGUAGUAAACAGAGAAGCAAUGCAUGAACGGGAGGUACACACUGCAAUACAGAUAAGUCAGUCUUGGGAAGAAAAUCUGAAACUGAAUGAUGAUGAUCUGGACACACCAUCCACUGUAAAGAGCAUUGAUCUAAUACCAGUAUCCCAAGCAGCUUCUCUCACUAAAUGGAUUGGGAAGGUAAAAUACCACUUGAUGAUCAGCCAAGACACUGCCAACAUACAUCCUGUGAUACUUCCCAGCUGUCAGUAA